UGCAGAGCGCUGGAUCAUUAGGAGAAUUGCUUUGAGGGAGGCUCAUCGUGAGUAGAGCGCAUCCGCCACUGGAUGGAUCAAAUCUGUGCCAUCUGACGCUUGGGAUUUAUGGCUUUAGUCAAAAUUGCUUUUCCUAGUGUGCAGAUUAAAGCUGUGUGUGAUGUUUGCAGGGCAACUGUGUGCUUUCUCUAAACAGACGAUGUCCACGGGCCGAUGUGUUGAAGGACUAUGAGCAGCAUGCAGCUGGAGACGGUGUUUGUGUUCAUGUGCGUCUGUCUGAUGGGUGCUGCAGAAAAAGCCGCUCAGAAACGAAGUCACAGACUGGAAACCUACAAACAAAGCAGAUUACGUAGAGAAACAACACGAGUGGACGGAGGAAAUCACAAGUCUGGCAGUCCAAUCUUCAGAAGAAGUCCAGACAUGACGAAAUCUCCCAUGACCAAAUCUGAGCAGCUGUUGAGGAUAAACGAUCAUGAUUUCACCAUGAGACCAGCGUUUGGAGGUCCUCCUAUACCAGUCGGUGUGGAUGUUCAGGUGGAGAGUCUAGACACCAUCUCUGAAGUUGACAUGGAUUUCACCAUGACUCUGUAUUUGAGACAUUACUGGAAAGACGAGCGUCUGUCGUUCCCGAGCACCAACAACCAGAGCAUGACAUUUGACAGCAGACUGGUGAAGAAGAUCUGGGUUCCUGACAUGUUCUUCGUUCAUUCCAAAAGAUCUUUCAUUCACGACACAACGACAGAUAAUGUGAUGUUACGCGUGUAUCCUGACGGGAAUGUUCUCUACAGUCUCCGAGUGACAGUGACAGCGAUGUGUAACAUGGACUUGAGUCGAUUUCCUCUGGACACACAGACCUGCUCAUUAGAGAUCGAGAGCUAUGCGUACACUGAUGAUGAUCUGAUGCUGUACUGGAAGAAAGGCAAUGAGUCUCUAAACACGGACGACAGGAUUUCUCUGUCUCAGUUUCUCAUUCAGAAGUUCCACACAACGACUAAACUCGCCUUCUACAGCAGUACAGGCUGGUAUAAUCGUCUGUACAUUCAUUUCACGCUGCGUCGACACAUCUUCUUCUUCCUGCUGCAGACGUAUUUCCCUGCGACGCUGAUGGUCAUGUUGUCUUGGGUGUCCUUCUGGAUCGACCGGAGAGCCGUUCCUGCUCGAGUUCCUCUGGGCAUCACAACUGUCCUGACGAUGUCUACCAUCAUCACUGGAGUGAACGCAUCCAUGCCUAGAGUCUCCUACAUCAAAGCAGUGGACAUCUACCUGUGGGUUAGCUUCGUCUUCGUCUUCCUCUCUGUCAUCGAGUAUGCCGCCGUCAAUUACCUGACCACCGUACAGGAGCGCCGUGAGAGGAAACUCAGAAAUCAAUUGCCGUGCACGUGUGGUAUAGCAAACCCUGACGAGGACAUGAUGAUGACGACGUGCUACAGUGACGUGGAUCCAAAUGCAAGCGGGACUUAUGGGAUGGCUGAGAAUGGCGGGAGACAGGAGAGGAUGUUUGCGCAGCUCACACUCGCUGAUACGCAGAGAACGAGUCGCAUGAAAACAUCGCGCGGUUACGUCAGCAUCUGGAUAGACACUCACGCUAUAGACAAAUACUCUCGAGUGAUCUUUCCAGGUGCGUACACACUCUUCAACAUCAUUUACUGGUCCAUCUAUUCCUAACCUCAACAUCAUUGAAGAGAACCGCUCAAAACCAGCAGCCUCAAGACUCCAGAACUGUGAAAACAUUCAAGGACCAGUGCUCCUCUGCCUUCUUGAGCCCAUAUCUCAAUCUUUUUGGAUUCAUGUGUUUUUAUUGUUAUUUCAUUACCAGUAACCACUGACAUUUACAGGAAUUUUCAGCAAUCCAUAGGAACAAAUACCUCUGCCCAGCUAACUUUGGGAAAUACUAUUAUAAAAUUAGAAUAAUAUGCUAUAUAUUGAGGGCCAAAUAAAUAUUUAAAGGAAUAUUCCAGGUUCACUAAAAGUUAAUCUCAGUCAACAGCAUUUUUGUUACCACAAAAAUUAAGUUUGACUCGUCCCUCCUUUUCUUUAAUAAAAGCACAAAUGUGUGUUCCAGUGAGACACUUACAAUGGAAGUCAAUGGGGUCAAUAAUCUGUAAACAUUAAAAUACUCACUGUUUCAAAAGUAUAGACACAAGACAUAAACAAUAUGUGUGUUAACAUGAUUUUACUGUGAUUAAAUCACUUAAUAACCACAUCUGUGGAAAGUUAGACAAUUUUACAACUUUGUCAUGACGAUGUAAUGCUGAAAACCUUGAAACAACAAUUUAACCAAUUUUAUUUCUUCUGUUAUAACUUGUACUAUUUUUUUAUUUAAUGAAGGUGCUUUUAUAAAAUUAUCUGCUUCACAUUUCUGCCUUGCCUUUUUAAACACUCCAAAAAUUGGCCCCAUUGGAACACAGAUUUUUGCUUUUUUUUAUUUAUUAUAAGGGAUGUUGAAAAUAUUUUCUGUGGUAAUCAACAUUAUAUCAAAUUCAGUUUAGAGCAUAACUUGUAUUGAACAUGGAAUAUUCCUUUAAAUAAACUUGUGCUUAAAAGAAAUAGUGACCCAAAGGUAAUGCUAAAAUGAAAAUGGAUGCAAACUAGUGCUAAAAUUAAAUACAAGGGACAUUUCUUAAUUUAUUUAGUAAUGACUAAGUUAAUUUAAUGAUUUGGUAGUUUCUUAACAAUUUCAUUAUGUAUCUAAUGAUUUAUUUAAAUCAAACUUGGCCCUCUGUUCCUUUUACAUAAAAGAUAAGACCCAUUUGUGUGAAGCGUCUUAAAAUAAGAGAACUGACCUAGAAAAAGCUCACCUUUUAAAUAUCAAACUUCUUUUUUUAAAACACUAAAAUGUAUACUACUAGAAUACUUUCCCAAGCAUUGAAAGUACUGUAUAUUCUAAAUCAAAAUCAUACAGUUGUUUAUCUUAACAUUUUAUCUCAAGGUUUACAUUUAAUUGUCUUUAGAAUUGCAACAACUCAUAUCAACUUGUGCACUGCUGAAAACUUAUAGACACUUUAGUCUUAGAUUCAUUUUUCAUCACAUUAGACAUAAAUAAACAGCAUUUUCUUAUGUUUUUCAUUUCAGGUUUUUAUUUUUUAAGUGCCAUUUUCUAGAGCAAGAUUCAUUCUAUCUUCUCAAUUACAAAUUUCCUGUGAGCAUAUGAAGAAAGUAGGACAUUUUUAUGGUGUUGGCUUGCCAAAUAUUCAGCCAAAGUUGUUCAUAUUCAUUCACAAAACAUAAACCAAUAUUUGAUAUCUGGGGCCUAUACAGUGAAACUAAUAAUAAAACAGAAACUACUAAUAAAAGUGGUUUUAUUUAAAAAAAAAAGUGAAAAGACCAAUAAUAUUGCAUAUUUUGUCCCACUGAAAUGGUUAUCCUACAUUACAGCAUUGAUUUUGAGUUGGAUGUAAAUUUACUGGUAUCAACAACAGUAAGGUUAUAUAAAACAUCUAUAAAAGGUCAAAAGUUAACUCCUAAUUUAUGUGGCUAAAUUGUUCUAACAGUGUGACUGAGUUUGGAACUCCUUUCAUCAGGUUCUUAUUGAUUCAAUUGAGUCAUCUCUUGGAAUUUAUGAAGGCAAACAGUGAUAUUUUCUUACACUCAAACAAAAAUAUUUUAGCCUAUUUUUCUUAGGAUUUACGCAUUUCAAUUUCAUCUUAAAAAAAAAAAAAUAUAUAUAUAUAUAUAUAUAUAUAUUAUAGUUUUAACAGUGGUAUUUGUAACAAGACCAUAGUAAACACAUGGAAGCAUGGAUCUUCACUACUGUGGUUAAGUAGCGUACACACAUGCAGCGAUUUUAUCACUUGAUGUCACUAGUCUCUGUACUGUGACGUCACUAGUGGGCGUUCCUACUGCUGUUGCUCUAACGUUAUUGGUGGACUGCACGUCUGGCCAUGUCUUUUGAAAAUAUGAUCACAGAUCAGUCAUUUUGCUAGUAAAACUACGAUUUCAUUCUAAUUUGACAAGGAAUCAGUUUUCUUGUCCCUAAAAUGCACAUUCUGCAGGGGAAAGUGUUUUUAUAUGAACUGCAGCAGUGCUCAAUGCAUCAUAACAUUAAUAAGAUGAACGAACUAUCAAUGUACGAAUCAAACUCAGACUGCCGACCAUUUCUUUUCCACGCAUCAUUUUUAUUAUAUGCACGUAUGUGGCUACAGACGAAUCAUAUAGAACAGUGAAAUCGCUCACAAAAACUUCUCCUCUGUCUUGCCUGCACUCGACUCCAUUAUCUCAAACAAGAUGGAUGACGUGAUCUCCACUGACACAGUCUUCACUCCUAUUGGUUGUCUCUCCCGAAAGUCACUCCUUAUUUGCAUAAAGUUGAACUUUUCUCAACUUUGUUGUGUCGCUCGCCACACCCACAUCUAGUCACCAGAGGUCGCCGGAAGUUGCCAGCUCUCACUGAUAGUGAAUGAGAUGAGGUCACUUUGUCGCUGGAAGUUGCUGCAUGUGUGUACGGGGCUUUAGAUGUAACAUGAUUUCUAAAAAACAAAUGAUGGCAUUUUUGUAAUUAUAAACAGUAGACCUACCCUAAACACAUGUAAAUACAAACAUUUAUAUAAACAUUUAAAAGUUGUAACAAAAAUGUAUUCUAUUCCCUCACUCCCCCAAUGUAGCCUAUGACAAAUUAAAUACAGCUGAAGUAGUGAUAUAAUAAUAUUUAUUAUGGUAACUGGUCUGCACCAAGUCUAGAUAAAAAAUGUUAUGCAAAGUGGAACUUGACGAUUGAUUUUAUUAUUAUGACUGAUAAACGCACCCUAUAUGUAACCUAACGCCCCCCUCUCUACUAAUUUGCUCUCAGCGCCCCCUGGCAUCCUUUGAACAACCCCUGGAGGGUGGUAUCGCCCCGUUUUGAAAUGAUCUUGUCUCACUGUCACUGCUGAUAGUUUUCUGUUUUUCCUCCCAGUGAUUCACACUUGUUCCCUGUUUGCUCAUUAGUCUGUGUCUCUUUUCCCGAUACUGAAUGUGUGAUAUACAGUACACAGCAUGAAUGAGUACACCCCCUCUGAACAUAGAUAUAUUUCAUUUCUAAAUGAUUACUAUUACAAUUCAUGCAAAGAUGACAAAAUUGAAAUGUAUUAGACAUUUACUAAAUAACAAAAUAGAAAGAUAUGUUAUCAGUAUCUGUAAAAUAAUUAAAUUAGGCAGCUUUGCUUAAGUAAAGGGUUGCAAAAAAAGAGUACACCCUUGAAUAAAUUCAAAUAGUUUGAAAUAUUUUAGUACUUAGAAAGUCCUCCAUAACUUUUAAAUACUACUCUGACCCUUUUCGGCAUCAAGUGUACAAGUUCACGACAUAUUGUCACGUCUAUCCUGUUCUACUCCUGGAGUAUGACGUCCUUGAGUACUCUGAUGUUUAAUGGGGAGUGAUGCUUGACUUGCACCCUACAGGUGCUCAAAUAGGGUUGAGUUUGGGUGACAUACUAUCUUGUUUAUCCAUAGGAAUGCAGCAGUGGCUUUGGAAUAAUAUUUAGGGUCACUGUCAUGGUACAAAUUUGCCCAACAUCCCAGGGUGGGCAGAGAGGGUGGCAUGUUCUCUUUUAAGAUUUAGCAGAACAUCUGUGAAUUCAUGUUGCCAUUGAUGAAGUACAAUUCCCCCACACCUUCAGCACAUAUAAGAACUUUACCACCACUGUACAUCACUGUGGGUACAAUGCACUUUCCACUGUACUCCCAUGUGACACCAUGCAUUUUGGAUUCCAUCCAGUGGCUUAGCCAAGGGUGGGCAAGGGUGGGCCUGGCCCCCCAGAAUAUUAGAGAUUUUUUUUUACUUGAAAUAUAUAUGUAUAAAAUAGUUGAAAAAUGCAUAAAUUCUGCUUUCUGAAAGUGUGAAAGAAGUAGCGGGUAAUUUUGCACAUUUACCCACCACUGUCGACAAGAAAUGCUGGCUAGACACAAAGAUGUGUGCUUGAGGAAAUACACCUGAUUAAAUUUUGAAGAACAGACAAAAGAAAUCCCACCAAUGUGCAUGUCUCAUUUGCUUUUUUGUUCAGAAGUUCAUUUGCAUUUUGGCACUCCCGUGCGCAGCACUACUGUCUCGCAGAACAUGCAAAUUGUGAGUUCUCACUUUUUCCUCUGUCAGUCAUCUGGGAGCAGUUUGUAAGAAUAGUGUUGUCUAUGAGAAUACUGCAUAGGAGCUAAGAACUCAGGAUGCAUAUGCAAAUAACAUGCAACGACUUUGCCACUACAGGUGAAUUGUCAUGUGUGUCAUAAUUCAGUACAGUCCCAGCAAUGAUUCUUGAACAAGUUUACUCAAAAUAACAAAAUUUAUUUGAAAAGUUAAAAUGAUAUACAGUAUUGUAUAUUUAUUUGUUGAAUACAAAUGGACAUAAUGCAGAGUUGUGUUCCUUUGCACUAACUAGUCGCCUAGCUCAGACAACACACUGACUGGUUGAUUGGUAGUUUUAAAUUGGUAGUUUUGCACAUACCUAUCUUUAACCUGCAAAUGAUAUAUUACAGAGUGAAAACAAUUGUCAUUUCAGACACAACUGUUCUU